AUGCACCUGCUAAGUGAAUUGUCUUGGAAGACAGAUCAAGAAAAUACAUUCUACUUGGUUUUCUCUACUUCAUAUAAUGGAGAUUCAAACUAUACUUGUGACUCUGCCAAGGCUAAAAUACGCAUCGCGCACCAUUGGUACAUUUAUGUAGAACGUGAAUACACUGAAUUCAAUGGCCGAAAGCUGUUUGUGUUUAAAGCUUUGAAUUAA